AUGACCAUCAAAGAGUCCCACGACAUCAUUACCCAGCUACAAGAACUCGAGUUCCCAUACGCCUUCUCCAAGGCUCGAAAGCUAGCUCUUCUCAAGGCUGGAAGUAUUCCGUCAAUGUCCAGACUCUUUGCAGUAACAGGCCAGAACAACAAGCGGAACGCGGGAAAACGAUCAAUCGACACGGAAAUUCUUCUUAGAGAAGUUCAGUCCAAAGCAAGAGACUCAGAUCGAUACGCGAUGUCUGUGGCAAGGAUGAACUUUCUACAUGCUCGAUACCGCCGCGCAAACAAGAUCACUGACCCCGACCUACUUCACACCCUUGGCGACGGUCUUGUCGAGAUACUCAACGUGGUGGAUAGGGACGAAUGGCGCAAACUGACGAAAGUCGAAAUAUGUGCUUUAGGUAUCUUUCACAAGAACCUAGGAGAAGACAUGGGCAUUCCCUGCGACCUUCUUCCCUCAUUUAGAGACGGCUGGAAGGACGGGUUGCACUUUGCAACGGAGCUCAAAGACUGGACAGUUCGAUACGAAGAAGAAGUUUGUAAGCCGGUGGCGACAAAUGACCAAUACGUCAGAGUCUAUGUCGACUCGGCCUUGUCUUCGUUACCGGGCUUCCUACGGGCAGGUUUGAGGAAGUCACUCGGGGCGGAUCUGGACGACGUAGUCCGACUAAGUCUCAAUCUCGAAUCUCCUGGGCUCCUCCUGUCUACCUUUCUAUCCCUUGUGCGCAACCUGAGAAAGCUCGGUCUUCGACAUCUUGCUCUUCCACGCCCCGACUCAUCCGCAGUCAAGAUCGUCGACGAAGCCCCAAACCCCGAGACAAAGCUCUACAACUUUGGACGGAAAGGCUUGCAGCCUUGGUACAUGCGGCCUACGACGUGGUCGACCUGGGGUCCUGGUGCAUGGCUGGUCAAAGCGGUCGGUGGAAAGGUGCCGGGCGAGCGGGGAAACCGGUACUUCCCACAAGGAUAUGACUUGAUGACGAUUGGACCUGAACCCCAAAGGGAAAAGGGGAAGAAUGAGAUGAUGUCGGAUAUUGAAGUGAUCAAGGCCAGGGGUGUGGUGACUUGUCCGUUUUCAGAAGCGAAAGCGAAUACGUUCAUUACUCCAUCCAAUAUGUAA